GUAACAGGGUGAAAAGAAAACAAAUCCCUCGCACAGAUAAAGCACACUCAAUUGCUGAUAAAAUCGUACAAAAAUAGCCAAAAUUGUGAAUUAUAAUCGCAAUUCCGUUACUUUUCUUGCGCUGCGAACCACGCAGCAAACGCCCGGUACACCCGCUGGAAAGUGCGCGCAAAGAACGGGUCAGGCGCAAAUCAGCUGAUCGCGAUCAGUGCAUCUAGCUCGAUCGACACGGAAGGUGGUUUAAAUAGUAGCAGCCGUGCAAACAGCGCAACAAAUCGUUCCGUUCGAUCGAGCGCGAAAGACGAUCGACCUGUCCGAGCGUGUGGUUCAGUGCGUGAAAAGAGCGAGUGUACUUCAGCAGUAGCUCCACAGGGAAACAGUUGCCGUUCAGGAUGGCCGUGUUUAUGCCAAAAUAUAGACUGUUCUCGAAGGCGGUCAACUUAAAGCCAAACCCCCGACAGUGGUCUGCGCGAUGGACUAUAGUGCAGCGGUCAAUAUAUGGUAGUAGACAGCUUCAGCAUCAGCAGCAGCCGAAUUCAUCCUCCACAAACCAGCACAAUCAUCACCAUCAGCAGCAGCACCAGCACCAGCACCAGCAUCAUCAUCAGCAGCAGCAGCAGUUCCACCAUCAGUCGACGACAGGUAAAUCCCGUAGCAAAGUUUACAGAAAGUGGAGUUGGAAGGCAGGAGCGGGCUGGACUAUAUUAUCGGUUUUGGAUUGGUGGUUACUAGCAGCCGGCGGUUGGCUGACCUGGCGUGGUGUAUUUCUUCGUUGGACACCCAUCGGUAUCUGUAUGGUGGUGGCAGCAAAGUGGCACCUUCACAAUCGUGAACUCGAUAAGAAGGGCCUACCGCGAACCGCCGCAAAAUGGCAGGCGAAAAUGUACUGCUCGUUGCCCCUGCGCCUCUUGAGCCGUUGCUGGGGCUGGAUGGCCGAUCGAAGAGUUCCCAAACCGGUGCGGCCCAUGCUGUACGGGCUCUACUCGAACACGUUCGGUGUAAAGAUGGAGGAAGCGGCCCCAGACAACUUCAAAGAGUAUCGAAGCUUAGGAGAGUUUUUCACCCGCCCGCUCAAGGAAGACGCUCGACCAAUCGAUCCCAAGACCAGCUUUGUGUCACCGUGUGAUGGACGAAUUCUGCACUUCGGUGCCGCCAAUUCCAACCUAAUCGAACAGGUCAAAGGAGUAUCGUACAGUUUAGAGGCCUUCCUGGGACCACCGACCUGGACAACCAAGGACGCCCCAGGGAUGGUGGAGAAGGUGAAGAAAAACGCCUCGCCCGACAGCGUGCUGUAUCAGUGCGUCAUCUAUCUAGCGCCGGGAGACUAUCACCGCUUCCACUCGCCGACGCUAUGGAAACCGGAACUGCGAAGGCACUUUUCCGGCGAGCUGCUCUCCGUCAGUCCGAAGAUUGCCGGCUGGAUUCCGGGGCUGUUUUGCCUCAACGAACGGGCCGUCUACAUCGGCAAGUGGAAGCACGGAUUCUUCAGCUACACCGCUGUCGGCGCAACCAAUGUCGGUUCGGUGGAGAUUUUUAUGGACGAGAAGCUGAAAACUAACAAAUGGGUCGGUUUGGCCUGCGGCAGUCACAAACACAAGGAGUACGACGAGCUGGAAAUGCCUGCCGACAAGUACCUGGAGAAGGGCGAACUAGUUGGCCAGUUCCGGAUGGGCAGUACUAUUGUGCUUAUCUUCGAAGCACCGAAAGAAUUCAAGUUCAACCUCUUCCCCGGACAGCGUGUCAAAGUCGGAGAGCGGUUAGGAACGUUCGAAGGUACGGAGGAAGCAGUGGAAAACCCCGAGGAAGUGAAGCGGGCGAUUCAAUCCUUGGACGCAGUGGAAGCGAUCACUGUGUAAAAGUAUUCACCGAUUACUUCAUGCAGUAUGAAAACGGAACUCGUUCUCGUCUCUCGUAGUGUCUCAGGUUGAAACUAGUUUUAGUUAACAAUUAUUUCUUUAAAGUGUAUCUACGCUCGUACCCAAGCCUAAGUACAAUAUUGAUACAACUGCGCGUGAUCGUUGCUUGAGGUUUUUAAUCCUUUAGAAUAUAUCGCGCCAAGUGAUCGUGCGAACGCGAAGCGAAGUCUAUCGGGAAAACAUUUGUUUAACUAGUUGCUGUCGAUCGAACGGACACACAAGCACGAAACAUACCACAGCCCGGCCACUGGGCAAACCGAUAUGCUGCGUGCGUUGUUUGUUGCAAAUACCGUAAGAGUAGUACAUAUUGUACGCGACUGGGAUUGCUUUCCGAUUGCUGUCAGAAGAGCGUAUGACAAACGAUAGGAGACGACGAGAGCCUGUAAAGACUUGUAGUAUUUAAACAGCGUGCUACACACACACACAAACAUGCAUACAGAGUGCUUUAGCAAGUGAGAACGUUUUGCAUGAUCGUGAUUUUAAUGUGAUGUGAAAUACCGUGAGCAAUACCGCGCUUGAUUGCUGCACGAGCUAUUGCCAACACAUACACGCGUAUACAUGACCUCUAACCAGUUUGUAAAAAAGGAAAAAGACGGACCCACUGUUGACCUCAGCUACCCAAAGGGUUCUUAGGUGAACCUUUUACGUAUAGGUGAUUUUGUAAACUACUAGCAAUGUACGAGACCGUACGAAAACUGUACGUUAGCUAAAACCAAUUGUUCCUGCCGCGGUGUUUCAUUUGAGGAAUAUAUUUUUAUGUUAAUAUAACUAUUAAAA